AUGGUGUUUCUGAUCAAAUGGAGCAAGCCUCCAAUGGCGCACUGCCGGCGCCUCCACCGCUUCCUCUCGUCUGCCGCCGCCAGAGCCACAGCGCCGAUCCCUGCCCGGCACGUGCCCCGGUCGCCCGGCACGUCCGCGCAAAGCGCCCGCAUUCUGGAGCUCGGCCGCCUCGGCCGCUUGCGCGAGGCCAGGGAGGUGUUCGACGCGAUGCCCUUCCGCGACAUCAUCGCCUGGAACUCCAUGAUCUUCGCUUACUGCAACAACCGGAUGCCCGACGCCGCGAGGUCGCUCGCUGACGCGAUCUCCGGCGGGAACCUGCGCACGGGCACCAUCCUGCUGUCGGGCUACGCGCGCGCCGGGCGCGUGCGUGACGCUCGGAGGGUGUUCGAUGAAAUGGGCGUGCGGAACACCGUGGCGUGGAAUGCCAUGGUUACCUGCUAUGUCCAGAACGGGGACAUCGCCCUGGCGCGCAAGAUGUUCGAUGCAAUGCCGAGCAGGAAUGUCUCGUCAUGGAACACAAUGCUUACUGGGUACUGCCAUAGCCAACUCAUGGUGGAUGCAAGGAAUCUGUUUGAACGAAUGCCAGAACGAAACUUAGUUUCUUGGACAGUGAUGAUUUCUGGGUAUGUUCUGAUUGAGCAGCAUGGCAAGGCUUGGGACAUGUUCCGCACAAUGUUAUGUGAAGGAAUGCCACCAGAGCAACCAAACCUCGUUUCUGUGCUUUCAGCUGUACGUCAUCUUGGUAAACCUGGCAUUCUAGAGAGUAUCCACGUUCUUGUGCAUAAGACUGGUUUUGAGAGGGAUGUUAUCGUCAGCACUGCCUUACUUAAUGUUUACACUAAGGAUGUGAAUAUGCUUGACACUGCAGUAAAAUUCUUUGAAGGUAUGGCAGUUAGGAAUGAGUACACAUGGUCAACCAUGAUCGCUGCACUAUCUCAGGCUGGACGAAUAGAUGAUGCUUUUGCUGUUUACCAAAGAGAUCCUCUACAGUCUGUUCCUAGUCGGACUGCAAUGCUCACAGGCCUUGCUCGAUAUGGAAGGAUUAAUGAUGCAAAGAUUUUAUUUGACCAGAUUCCUGAGCCUAAUGUUGUAUCCUGGAAUGCCAUGAUUACUGGGUACAUGCAGAAUGAAAUGGUUGAUGAAGCAGAAGAGCUUUUUAACCGGAUGCCUUUUAGAAACACAAUAUCUUGGGCUGGGAUGAUUGCAGGGUAUGCACAUAAUGGGAGGAGUGAACAAGCUUUGGUUUUGCUCCAAGCUCUCCAUAGGAAGGGAAUGUUACCUAGCCUGUCUAGCUUGACUAGUAGUUUCUUUGCUUGUUCAAACAUCGAAGCUCUUGAGACAGGAAAACAAGUUCAUUCACUUGCAGUAAAGGCCGGCUGUCAGUUUAAUAGCUAUGUAUGUAAUGCACUGAUUACUCUGUACGCUAAGUGCAGAAACAUAGGUUUUGUGAGACAAAUCUUUGAUCGGAUGACAGUUAAAGAUACAGUGUCUUAUAACUCUUUUAUGACUGCACUUGUACAAAAUAAUCUGCUUGAUGAAGCAAGAGAUAUAUUUGACAAUAUGCCGAGUCGAGAUGUUGUCUCUUGGACUACGAUAAUAUCUGCAUAUGCACAAGCUGAUCAGGGGAAUGAGGCUGUAGAGAUUUUCAGAAGUAUGCUGCAUGAGCGUGAGUUACCCAAUCCACCUAUAUUAACUAUAGUUCUUGGCCUCGGUGGAAGUCUUGGUGCUCCCAAACUUGGACAGCAAAUUCACACAGUCGCUAUUAAACUUGGAAUGGAUUCAGGACUUGUAGUGGCUAAUGCUCUUGUCUCGAUGUAUUUCAAGUGCGGUUCUGCAGAUUCCCGUAAGGUUUUUGAUUCAAUGGAGGAGCGGGACAUUUUUACAUGGAAUACCGUCAUUACAGGCUAUGCUCAACAUGGUCUUGGAAGAGAAGCCAUCAGGAUGUAUCAACUAAUGGUAUCUGCUGGAGUGUUGCCUAACGAGGUCACUUUUGUGGGGCUUUUACAUGCAUGUAGUCAUUCUGGUUUGGUUAAUGAAGGGCGCCAGUUUUUCAAGUCUAUGAGCAUUGAUUAUGGACUAACUCCUCUGCUGGAGCACUAUGCUUGCAUGGUCGACCUACUUGGGCGAGCUGGUGAUGUGCAAGGAGCUGAACAGUUUAUUUAUGAUAUGCCUAUUGAGCCAGAUUCAGUGAUCUGGAGUGCGCUUCUUGGGGCAUGCAAGAUUCACAAGAAUGUAGAAAUUGGUACCAGAGCAGCUGAGAAACUUUUCUCAAUCGAUCCAUCAAAUGCUGGGAAUUAUGUCAUGUUGUCAAAUAUAUACUCCUCUCAAGGGAUGUGGGAUGAAGUUGCGAAGGUACGAAAACUUAUGAAAGAACAAGGUGUGAACAAGGAUCCUGGUUGUAGCUGGAUGCAGAUAAAGAACAAAAUGCACUCAUUUGUCACUGGAGAUGAGGAACAUGAGCAAAUUCAAGAUAUAUAUGCUACCCUUCGGGAGUUAUACACUUUUCUAAAGGCCACAGGUUAUGUACCUGACACGGACUUUGUUCUCCAUGACAUAGAUGAAGAGCAGAAGGAAAGCUCGCUUCUGUCCCACAGUGAGAAGCUUGCUGUUGCUUAUGGGCUUCUUGCUACACCCAAGGGCAUGCCCAUACAGAUAAUGAAGAACCUUAGAAUAUGUGGUGACUGUCACACUUUCAUCAAAUUUGUAUCCUAUGUCACCAAGAGAGAAAUUGACGUUAGGGAUGGGAAUCGAUUCCAUCAUUUCAGGAAUGGAAGCUGUGCAUGUGGUGAUUUUUGGUGA